AGAGGACAUUGGCUUACGUCACAUGACGUGUUGCGGUCGGCACACCUCUAUAUACAGUUGAUCUUAAUCACGAAGCGAGCAGCUAAAGAAUUCAUUCUAGUCACGGAGUUCACUGGAUAACCACCCAGACCACCGCGCGCCUGUUGCAACAUGAAGAGCUCUCCAAGACUACUGAUACUAUCCCUGGUGCUGCUGACUGCAGUCACCGUUUUGGCGAAGAAAAGGAAGAAAGAUCCCACAUGCGAUGCGAAGAAUAUCCCGAACACAUCACGCGUCUGUAGACUGAACGGAGUAAUAGUGACCCCAUCAGUGCGUGGAGAAUUCAUAAAACUCACCGAGUGCACUUGGAACUGUAACCUCGGCUGCAAAUGGGUUGGAGGGCCGAAAAAAAGGACCUGCAAGGGCCGCCCAGGCGAAUGGAAAAAGCAACAGAGGUCAAACGGACAAUACCAAAAAUCCAAGGGAAUACAAUGUGCUUGUAGAAGUUGUACCGGUGGACCCGGGGAUUGGCCUGGGGUCGGCGCAUCUGCCGAUUGUACAUCCGGACCUCCUUACGGCGCCGGUACACUGUGCAACUACCCCUGUGGUCCCGGUUACACCACAGGGUCCGGAAAUCGGCAGAGACUGUGCUUCAACAGUAUUUGGAGGGAUCACGUAUCUGAUUUGGUCUGUACUGAUAUCGACGAAUGUGCAGCAGACAUUGACAAUUGUGCACAAGUCUGCACCAACACCGAUGGAAGUUACACAUGUGGCUGCAAUCCAGGCUAUGUAUUGAAUGCCGAUGGUGUCAGCUGUGACGAUGUCGACGAAUGUGCAGCAGACACUGACAAUUGUGAACAAACCUGCACCAACACCGUAGGGAGUUUCACAUGUGGCUGCAAUGAUGGCUAUGUAUUGAAUGCCGAUGGUUUCAGCUGUGACGAUGUCGACGAAUGUUUGGAUAACAACGGCGGAUGUGCACACGACUGUGACAACACUGUUGGGAGUUUCACUUGUUCAUGUCUGGCGGGCUUUAUUUUGGCUGACGACGGCUUGAACUGUGAUCCUGAGCCUACCGGAGAAAUGCCAACUGUGAUGCCAACAGACAGCCCAUAAAUGAUGAUACGACUGCUCGACUGACAACACCACUGAAAAAAAGAAAACCAAGAUGACGAAAUUAUAGUGCAGCUAGAAGAAACCAAAGCAACCUAUCUGAAGCUACAGCAAGCGACCACCGUAGGUAUUAGAUACAUACCGUCGCUACUAACAACAUGCGUGUGUUGCUUCCAACAAGAACGAGUUCUUUUAUGUCGUGAAUUGUUUAUAGUACUUAGAGUUUAUAGUACUUAGUUAGAUUUCUCUUCGAGGAAGAAAAAACGUACUACAUGUAUGGCUCAAAAGACCACCUAGAGUCCAUGUGUCGUUGUGUUACUUACGGCACACUAAAUUUCAGAAUAAUUUUGUUAAAUGAGCUUGCAAAGAAUUGAAUAGCAAAUUGGUUGUAGAAUUCAACCCAUAUCCAUAUCUUAAAGCAAUAAUAUCAGUAUCAUUAAUAAUUAAUGAUUAAUAUCCUGUAUAUUCAACCAAACAAUGCUUCAAAAAUUCAUAUUUAGCCUCAAAGUAUACAGUAGACAUAUCACUAUUUGCUUGAACACGACUAUAGUAUAUAAAGACUGCUGUACUAUCAAUGUAUUUAUUGACUUGUGGAAAUUCAUAAGCUUCUAGAAUAUAUAUUGGAGAUGAUUUGCAAGAUUUAAUAUAAAUAGAGUUUAUCUACUAAUUCUACAAUAUCUACAGUGUUAGCCAAAUGAUAAUUGUCCUUUAUUUUGCUAUCAAUAUAUCAAAAAUGUGUAAUUUUAGUACACCAUACUAAAGUAAUUUAGCAAGCUAUCUAGACUUGAACGUGAAUAUGAGUACAACUUGUCUCAUAUUAUUGGUAUGCAAAUUAUCCUGUAUUAUAGCUAUAUACGCAACACAUUUUCUGUCUUCCUAAACAAACAGACAAACUUUAUAAAGUUGCGUACUUAACUUGCCAUAAUUUCUUCUUUGUCACAUGUCAAGAAAUCAAAACAACCUUAAAGAAAUCAACCCCCAGCUAUUAUGUCUGCCUGUGUAAUGUCAAACAUUGCGUCAUCAUGUAAUUAUGUCCACUGAUUUGCGUACCUUGACUGGCUUCGGGCAAAAGUGCUCGUUAGUUUUGUACGUGCACCGACAUAGUCAUUAUUAAUUAUCUUAGUGUGACGUACUUAAACACGCCAAUCCCACAUUAAUUCCGUACCAUCGGAUAUUGUCCAACUAUCCGCCAUGACCGUAAAACAAAUGGCUGAAAAAUCAGCACAAAGUUGUCUUUGAGACAAUUCAAAUUUUGAGCCGUUGUAGUAUAAAAUCUAUCGCAUCAAUUGUAUAUGCAACAAGUGUUGAUCCUUUUGUGUUUAUUUGAUGAAUGUUUAAAAUCGAUGACGCCCCAAAAGAUAAAUAUUGUUGAUUCUAUUUUCUAAAAUUGCCCAGAUUAAAUUUUUGACUGACCUUUGA